AUGGCGAACUGGGCAGUCGAACUCAGCGAGUACGAUAUCGAAUACCGUUCUCGCCCAAGUCUGAAGUCGCAAGUUCUGGCUGACUUCAUCACCAAACUAUCGCCCGAGCUCGACGACCCCACCCCCGCGGAUGAGCAAUGGACAAUGUUCGUCGACGGUUUAUCAACGAGUCACGGCUCCGGGGUGGGACUUAUCCUCCGAUCCCCCACCGGUGAAAUCCUUGAGCAGGCGUUAAAGCUCAACUUCAAAGCGUCGAACAACGAAACCGAAUACGAGGCCGUUCUCGCGGGACUCCGGUUAGCCCGGGGACUUGGAGUCAAACACCUGCAGGUCUUCUGUGACUCCCAACUCGUAGUCAGCCAAUUCAGCGGAGAAUUCGAUGCCAAAAACAAGCGAAUGGGAGCAUAUCGACAGUUGGUCCGCUCGUUAUCCAGAGAAUUUGCAUCUUUCUCUCUGACGAAGGUCCCACGGAACGAGAAUGCCUCAGCCGACGCCCUCGCAGCUCUGGCAAACCGCUCCGACCCCGAGUUACGACGUACCAUUCCAAUUGAAUGCAUCGAUGCUCCCAGCAUUGAUCCAGACAGCCAGAUCACCGUCAUCAACGACGACUCAAUCCCGAUGGAAGUCGACGAGCUUAUAGAAGAUAUGACGGACAUCGCCAAACCUCCGGAGGAUUGGCAACUUGAGAUCAAACUUUACAUCUCCGACGGUAUCGUCCCGACAGACCGAUGGGCAGCUCGACGACUGAAGGACCGAAGUGCCAGGUACAUCCUUUUGGACGGUGAACUGUUUCGCCGAAGUGCGUCAGGAGUAUUCCUUACCUGUGUUACUCGGGACGAAGCCGAACGCAUCAUGAUGGAGGUGCAUGAAGGCGAGGGUGGCAAUCAUUCUGGCGGACGCGCACUUGCUCUUAAAAUCAAAAAGGAUGGUCACUAUUGGCCUACCAUGAUGGCCGAUUGCGAAACUUUCGUGGCCAAAUGCGAAGCUUGUCAGCGCCAUAGAACAAUGCGGCACGUCCCGCCCGAACUGCUAAAUACCGUGACAGCUCCAUAUCCUUUUAUGCGCUGGGCCAUGGACGCCAUAGGACCUUUGCCGGCGUCCAAAUCCAAGAAGUAUGUCAUGGUGCUGACUGAUUACUUCACCUAG